AGGGACAAGCAAGGCACCGCAAAACGGGGACGAAAGCGGGGGCGGGGCGGACAGCUCGUUGGGGACGGCCAAAUCGCGGCACGCUCGAAUUGGGAAGGGAAUCGGGAGAAAAAGGAGCCGUCAAAUUAGGAUCGAAUGGUCAACUUUUUUUUUACCAACUUGACUAGACACCUCACCUUGGCUUUGCCUCGCGUCGCCUCCACUCCACCCUCCGCCUCCUGCUCCUUCCUCCAGGUCCGGGCGGCGGCGGGGGAGGAGAGAAUGGCCUCCGCGGCGGCGGCGCCGGUGUUUGAGAGGGUGGCCGGGAUCCGAGCCAUCGCCGAGUCCGGGCGCUUUAAGGCAUGGUUCCUGGACCAGUUUGGCGUUCUUCACGACGGGAAGAAGCCGUACCCGGGCGCCAUUCUGGCAUUGGAGAAGCUUGCGGGGAAUGGGGCAAAGAUGGUGAUAAUCAGCAAUUCCUCUAGGCGGUCGUCUGUGACAAUGGAGAAGCUCAAGAGCCUGGGGUUCGACACGUCCUGUUUCCUCGCGACCAUCACCAGUGGGGAGCUCACACAUCAACACCUUCAGAAGAGAAACGACCCAUGGUUUGCAGCCCUUGGAAGGAAGUGUAUCCAUAUCACUUGGGGUGACAGAGGAGCAAUCUCUCUGGAGGGACUUGGUUUGCAAGUUGUGAACAAUGUUGAUGAUGCAGAGUUUAUAUUAGCCCACGGUACUGAAGCCCUUGGAUCACCUUCUGGUGAUCCUCUUCCCAAAAGUCUUGAGGAGCUUGAGCAGGUUCUAAUGCUUGGCCUAGAAAAGCAACUUCCAAUGGUGGUGGCUAAUCCAGAUUAUGUCACUGUCGAAGCUCGAGAUCUCCGUGUCAUGCCUGGCACUCUGGCAGCUAAAUAUGAGAGCCUUGGUGGUGAAGUGAAAUGGAUGGGGAAGCCUGAUAAGAUGAUCUAUACAUCAGCGAUGUCCCUACCAGGUGUUGAUGCUCAUGAAUGUAUCAUGGUGGGUGAUUCACUGCACCACGACAUCAAAGGAGCAAAUGUGUCAGGAAUCGCGUCUGCGUUCAUUACUGGAGGGAUUCAUGCAGAUGAACUUGGACUUGGUGAGUUUGGAGAAACUGCUGGGAAGGAUGCCAUCAAUUCACUGUGCAGCAAGCAUGGAUCAUAUCCUUCUUAUGUUUUGCCUUCAUUCACAUGGUAGAAACACGAUCUGUACAUUUGGUUUUAGGUGCACUGGCAAGUGAUUUAGGCAGAUGUUUUUAUGGAAAUGCCACACAAGGAUCAAGCCAUUGGCGGUAUCAUUGUACUUAAUGAUUACUGUGGUUGUUCAAUAGUCGCUGUUAAUUUGAUAGAUAGAAGCUGGAUGUACUAUGCUAUGGCGUUAAGAGUUUGAGUAAUAAGGUAUACAGGAAACAAUAAUCCAAAUGAGGCAUUGCUUAUUUCA